AUGGCAGAGCCCAAAACCAAAUACGAUCGUCAGCUCAGAUACAACAACAUUACCUCGCUUCUCAGAAGCCUCCUCCUGCACUUUCUGCAAAAGAAGAAAAAACCGCUCGCAAUCUCCCCACAAGGACAAGCAGCCCUCGAGAAAUCAAGCAUCUGCUUAUUGAACUGUGGCCCCACCGGCUCAGAAACACUAAAAAAUCUGGUUCUUGGCGGUGUUGGAAGUAUUACUGUUGUUGACGGCUCUAAAGUUGAACUGGGAGACCUUGGGAAUAAUUUCAUGGUGGAUGAAUCAAGUGUCGGCAAAUCCAAGGCGAAAACUGUGUGCGCUUUUCUAGAGGAGCUGAAUGCUGCAGUGAAGGCCAAAUAUAUUGAAGAAUAUCCCGAAAAGCUCAUCGAAUCCAACCAUUCGUUCUUUCAUCAGUUUACAUUGGUAGUUGCCUCGCAGAUGUCUGUUGGUGGAUUUGCCCUACAAGUCAUUCUGAUAGCAUUCUUAAAUCUUGUUGAACAUUCGAUGGUGAAGCUGGACAGAAUAUGCCGUGCUGCAAAUGUAAUGCUUGUAUUCGCACGCUCUUAUGGGCUUACUGGUUUGGUUCGGAUCAGUGUGAAGGAACAUGCAGUGAUUGAAUCGAAGCCUGAUCAUUUUCUGGAUGAUCUGCGGCUCAAUAACCCAUGGCCAGAACUCAGAAGAUUUUCAGAAACUAUAGAUUUGGAUACAUCCGAUCCUGUUGUUCAUAAACACACUCCAUAUGUUAGAAUUCUCAUUAAGGUGGCAGAUGAGUGGGCCAAAACGCAUAAUGGAAACCUUCCAUCAACAAGGGAGGAGAAAAAAAUAUUUAAGGAUUUAAUCAAGGCCAAGAUGAUUGCAUCUGAUGAAGACAACUACAAAGAAGCCAUUGAAGCUUCCUUCAAAGUAUUUGCUCCAAAAGGAAUUAUGAUAGCUGUUCUGAAGUCAACACUCACAAUUUUCUCAUCUCAGGAAUUUAUAGCUAAUGAAGGUAGUGGAGAGGCUUCUCUGGAGGGAGCAAUCCCCGACAUGACAUCUUCUACAGAGUUAUAUGACAACCUGCAAAAGAUAUAUCAGGCUAAGGCUGAGGCUGAUUUUCAUGUUAUGGAGACAUACACAAAGAAACUAUUAAAGAAAAUUGGAAGAGAUCCACAUAGCAUCCCAAACACGACCAUAAAAAGUUUCUGCAAAAAUGCUCGAAAGCUUAAGGAUCACAUUACUUUCAAUGUCCUGUAUGCGGGCCCUGUGCCCCUCAUGAUGCGGGUAUGCCGAUACCGCACUAUUGAAGACGAGUACAGUUUGCCGGUUCAGAUGGAGCUGCAAAAUACGGCCGUCGGGUUUUAUAUCCUUCUUCGAGCUGUAGAUCGUUUUGCUGCAAACUAUAACAAUUUCCCUGGACAAUUUGAUGGUGGAAUGGAUGAGGAUAUUUUUAGACUGAAAACAACAGCUGAGGACCUUAUUAGCGAGAUAUGCCGUUAUGGUGCCUCAGAGCUUCAUGCGGUGGCCGCCUUUAUAGGAGGAAUAGCAUCACAGGAAGUGAUCAAGCUAAUAACAAAACAAUUUGUUCCAUUGAGCGGGACUUUUAUCUUCAAUGGUGUUGAUCACAAGUCGCAGUUAUUACUUUAGGCUGAACUGGCAACUGGUACGUAUUUUGUCUAUAAUGUGAAUCAACUAUGCCAGUUGUUUUGACCCUUUAGCUAUUUUCGGUUUGGUAGAUCGAGCUUUCUGUAAUGUGAAUAAAUUAUGCCUUUUUUUUUUUUUGACCCUUUAGAAACAUUUUCACUUCGGCAGAUUGAACUUUCUGUUAGGGCACUUCAAACAGGUUCACUUCAAACAGGUUCUUGAUGAAACUUUUUCAUGCAACUGAUCUAACCUCCCAAAUGAUUUUUGAACACACAAUGAUAAGGUGAACUUAUUAAAUUGGAGGUCCUGAUAUAUAUAAGGAAUGAGCAUCAAUGAUAAGCGUCUUUUAUUCAGAAUCGAUAGUUGCCUGUUUAUACAGAGGAUCUUGAAAAUGUUAUAUCUACAGCCCUCAAUUGUAUGUUUAGAAGAAGCUUAAUGAUGAGAGGUAUAUAUACUCUUCAUGCGUUGCAAUUGUUCAUAUUUUGGCAAUGAAAUGAAUGAUGGCUGGUUUUGCUUUCUAGUUAGUGUUGCAUGUUUGUUUCUUUGCAAGAACUGUCAAGUAAAAAUGGUCUCCUAUGCCUCUUUCAUAUUCCAUUUGGAAUUCAUUUCGUACAACGAAUGUCACAUGUAC